AUGGCGGAGCCCAACGUCCUGGCUUCACCACUACUACGCCUCCCACUUGAGAUUAGACUCUUGAUCUACGAAUAUCUCUUGCUUCCUUCGACCAGCCCAUCGGCGGGACAGGGAACCUCGGUCACGAAUCUACUCUCAGAUUACCACACCUACCAUUCGAGCGACACCAAUAACUCACCCUUCACUCUUUCCGUGCGAACAAUUGAUCCCUAUCUUGGAGCGCACAGCUCGCGGGCCUGGAGACGCCGCUCCACAUACUAUGUACGAACUGGCAUUCUAACCGGCGCCUCAGGCCCCUUCCUCACCACCACGACCCCGACAACCUACCGCGUCCUCCUGUCACCGUAUUCUGCCCAUCUCCGCCACACCGUCCCCAGCCUCCUUGCCAUAAACCGCCAAAUCCACGCCGAAGCCUCCAAAGUGCUCUACUCCACCUACACCUUCUCCUUCCACACCAGCAUCGAAGCCGGCGUCCCCUUCCUCAGCGACCUAACCCCGCUCUCCCGCACACACAUCCGCCACAUCGGCCUCGCGAAAAAGGGCUUCCCGUACACCAAGGAAUUCGACCGCGCCGAAUGGUCCUCCCUCAUGUCCUACCUCUCCUCCAACCUCUGCCUUCGCAGCCUCGAUCUCAGCGUUGUAGCUGGCAGGCCUGGGGACGACGGUUGGGACGGUAUUGCGCCUAUCACGGCGAGUGACUUUGGGCUUAUGCAGCGGAUGAAGAGUGAGUGGGGGAGUGAGGUUGGCGGGCUGGAUUUAGAAUGGGUGGAGCAGCUUUUUGGGGUGAGGGGGCUGGAGAAAGUCAAUGUUAGGGCGCUGGUGGAGCAUUGCCCGCGGCCGAUGAGCGAGAUGAUGGCUUUUUGGAUUGCGUUUAGUAGGAGUGUGGAAGGUGGGUUUGGGGAGUGGGUCAGGGGGGUUAUGGUGGGAAAUUGA